GCAGCGCUGUCUACAAUCCAAUUAAUAUAUAGAAAUGCUGACAAUUCCCACGUAAGUUUCUUCUCUCUUUUACCGUCUUUCUGCCAAUUUAAGGUAAAUUCAUCUCUUUCACACAUCUGAUAUCAUUUUUGCCUACAAACGGAAACGGGAAACGUUUUCACGCCGUGUAAGAUUUUCUUACACAUCACUUUCGCCGCACCCUUACGUCUUACUUUUUCCCUCGUAUAUCAUAUUUUCAGCCUUCACUUGCCGAGUCAGUCUCUGGACACUCUUUAUCUUCUGGAUUUCUAUUAUCUCAUAAACUGAGGGACAACCUUUAUCGACACUUUAUUCUCACAUCAUCGCCACCAUGAAUUCCCUUCUUAUGCUUCUCCCUCGAAAUAAACUGGAUAGAUUCGCGGAUUGCACAGUCGACACAUGUCCGAUCUCUACAUCCUAUUAUUUCUAUCGUGUAUCAAUCGGCGCAAAUGCGGCUUUUCUCGCUCUUUUUAGCAUUUCAUUCCUUGGAUUUGUCUUUACAUAUGCAUUCACUCGUCGCGCAACCGCCUUCACAUUCGCUAUGUGCGCCGGUGUUAUACUUGAAGUAAUCGGCUAUGCGGGUCGUAUCAUGAGUUGGGAGAAUCAAUGGAAACAAGAUGGAUUUUUAAUGCAGAUUGUUUGCUUAACAAUCGCACCGGCAUUUAUGGCGGGAGGAAUCUAUUUGUGCUUGAGAAGAAUCGUAUAUGCUUUCGGACCGGAAAAUUCAAGGAUUAGUCCUGAGGCUUAUACCAGAAUUUUCAUUCCAUGUGAUCUUAUGUCACUUCUCCUGCAAGCUGCAGGUGGUGGUUUGGCAUCCGCAGCCUCACACUCAGGCAAAUCCCCAGAUACUGGAGAUAACAUCAUGGUAGCUGGUCUCGCGUUCCAAGUUUUCACGCUAUUCAUUUUCAUGAUCCUCUGCGUCGACUUUGCAUUACGCACACGUUCCCGAUACCGCUCCCUCGGUAACGCCGCAUUCGAUCAAAAUCCCGCUUUCAUAACACUUCGCUCUUCUAAAGCAUUUAAGGGGUUUUUAAUCGCUCUUGCCCUUGCUACGAUUUGUAUCUUCUGGAGAUCUGUAUACAGAGUCGCGGAAUUGGCAGAAGGAUGGACUGGGAAUCUUAUCAAGAAACAAAAUCUAUUCAUCGGAUUUGAAGGGGUUAUGGUUAUUGUGGCUUGCUUCGCGCUAAACUUGUUUAACCCUGCCAUUACCUUCAAGGAAGCAAUGACUGGGUUGGGUGGUUUAGGCACGAAGAAGAAGAUGAAGAAGGCAGGAGAAAAGACUAGCGAUGGGGUUAGUGCCAGUAACAGCGAUCUUGAGGCUGUUAAGGUAGCUCCUACUUAGAUUGUGUGUGCGACUUGACUUAGCAACAGUUUUGGAAAUGUUUUACGAAUAUAAUCUCAUAGCAUUUUACAAGCGUUUAUAGUUUUCUUUUAGAUAUCCUACAUAUAGUCGAAAUAUAUUUAAAUUUAUUGAG